UCGUCUCCUCCCUUCUCUCCCUGUCACUCCCGCUCUCGAUCAACCUCCGCCUCGUCGGCUCUGCCUUCCCGGCCGACUCCGACGCCUUCCUCGACGUCUCGCACUCCCCGCCAGGUAUGUAUCAAAUGAGCGAUCCAACUACACGACAGGUAUGUUUAUCUCUGCUACGCCUCUAUUCUUGAAUCCAUAAUGAAAUUAAGGCUUGCUAGCUUUUCUUUGCUAUGAUUUAUUUAACGUCUCGCACUCCACCGCACUCUCCGACGCCAUCAAAUCCGCCAUCGCCUCCACCCCUUCCCCUCUCCGAUCAACUUGGUAUUGACUCUAUUUGCAACCAUCAUCACGGCAUUCAUAGCUCCGCCUGCCGCCGGUUCUGGUAUACCGGAGGUGAAGGCUUACCUCAAUGGUAGUCAUUUUUUUCCGUAGUCAUUUUUUUUAAAUGGUAGUCAUUUCCCCCCGUAGUGGUAGUGUUAUGGUCGUAUUGGUAUUGUUUUUGUCGCAUUGGUAUUAUUUUUGUCGCAUUGGUAUUGAUUUUGUUACAUUGGUAUUGAUUUUGUUACAUUGGUAGUGAUUAAAUCUGCAAUGGUAUUGAUGUUUUCUGAAAUGGUAGUGUUUUUAUUUCUUGAAUGGUAUUGAUGUUUUGUACAAUGAUAGUAUUUUUUAAUGGAUUGGUAUUGAUUUAUUGUUUUGUUGUUGCAGCAACGAAAUCAAGGAAAGAUUGAGAAAAAGAAGGAAGAGAGAUCUGACUGAAAAAUUGUGGAAGUGAGAGAGAGAGAAUUGUAUUUAAUAUAUUUAUGUAAUUUCCUAAAAUGUAAUUUAUUAAAAAAGAUCAUUAAUAAAUUUUUUGUUAUACCCAAUUUGCCCUUAGUAACCACGAUGAUUGUAACCUGUCCCCUUGCUGGUUUCCACGGUGUAAUUAUCUUCUGUUUUGAUCAAUAUAUGAUAUCUUUUGAAAAAAAAAAAAAAACUGACUAACUCCUAUAGCUUUGCUACUAGCAAACUGAGCCGAAACCUUAUUUUCCGACUUCCUUCCGGUGUCGCUAAGGAGUAAGCUCUGUUUUCUCCCAAAUGUCUAUGCCUAGCACGUGCUCGAUGAAAUGCCCCUGAGAAAGCAUUCCACGCCGGCGACCGUCGAUUUUCCUACCGAACCCACAUCUCUGACCUUACACUGGAGCCUAGUCACUCUAUUCAUCCAUGAAUUCCUCAACAAUCCCUGCUAUUCGCUCUCUCCCCACCGGCGCGCUCCCUUCUUCCUUCACCACUCGGACUUUAGGGCAGGAAAUUGUCAGCCAUGAUAAGAGAAGGUGGUGGCUCCGAGAACUGAUCAAGCAGCUGCGCGAAGUGAGGGGUCGAUCUUGGUAUUGAUGGCGUCGAUGAACUUCUCCAUAUCAGCAGCUCGAACCCAGCUCGGAUGGGAUCACAUUAGGUAUCGUUCUCAAACGAAUUUUGUUAUUCCCUAAAGUGUCUGCAGUACUAAAAAGUCCGAGUGGUGAUGAGAAUCGAAGUAUCUGCUGACUUGGAAAACCAGUUCCCUGCAGAAAUUGAUCAUCGGAUUGAUGUGGCCAUGACCCGGAUAUGGCAGAGCGGCAACAUGGCAUGAACUUCGUGUUUCUUCCAUGAUUGCUGGAUAUGGACAUUCAAAUUACAAUGUCAUAUGACCAUGUUGCAGGUUCCAAACGACAGACACAUGAUUGGCAAAAAAAGAAACGAGCACAAAAGUGCGCUUUUUUUUUUUUUUUUUUUUUUUGUGGUGCCGACUUUGUUAAUUGUUUUGCAGAAGAGCCAAAGAUACUGAUUCAACUGCACAACAGGCACAUCACAUGUCCUAAUUCAGAUCAUUUCAAUAAUCUCUCCACCAAGGGAAGAAAGUUCGUGUGUGUGACCUAACAAAUGCACGUAUUUGUAAGGUGAAAAAACGUGGUGGGCUCAUUAUGCUUCCAAAUCCAAACACACAUUUGAACAUGGAGCAGCAGCUUAUUCUGGUAACACUUCUUCUGAUUCCUCUGCUGGUUUCAGCAGCAGAAACUCCUCCUCCCCCAUCACCCUCCGCUGCCUCCGUUAUCAUUAUUGGUGCUGGAUUAUCAGGAAUGGUAGCAGCAAAGAAACUGAGUGACGCAGGUAUCAGGGAGUUGCUGAUCCUUGAAGCCACCCCAAAGAUCGGCGGCAGGCUUCACAAGACUACAUUUGGUGGGUAUGCGAUGGAGAUGGGCGCGGCCUGGUUCUCCGAAGGAGGGCCUCAGCAGAGCCCCUUGGUCGACAUUGCCAAAUCCAUCAAGCUCCGUACUCAUACCACCGAGUUUUGGAACAUUUCGUCCAACACCUACAAACAAGACGGCGGAUUGUACUCGAAAUCAGAAGUCGAAGAAGCAUUCGCAGCAGGCAAGGCCAGGGAACGGUUAUGCGCGAAUCUCUCUGCUGUACUGAAUGCUGUCCCGGAACAUGACCAUGAUAUUUCUGUUCUUGGGGCGUACCACCUUCAUAAAAAGGUCCCAUCGACGCCUCUUGAAAUGGUGGCGGACUACUACAACAACGACUAUAAAGACGGCCAGGCGCCACAGAUGACGAGCACGAAGCACAAGCAUCCGAGGCACGAGCUCGUAGAUCAUGGUACCAACGUCUAUUUCGUUAGUGACCCGAGAGGGUUCGAGAUUAUGGUUCAUCAUAUUGCAGAUCAGUUCUUGGACAAAAGAGAUCCCAGGCUGAAGAUUAAUAAGGUGGCUAGAGAGAUUACAUAUUCUAAGAAAGGAGUGACUGUGAUGACAGAGGACGGGUCGAUUUUCCAGGCUAGAUACGCCAUUGUUUCAGUGAGCCUAGGAGUUCUCCAGAGCAACCUCAUUUCCUUCAAGCCUGAGCUCCCAAUGUGGAAGAGAUUGGCGAUAUCAGAUUUCACAAUGACUGGCUACACCAAGAUAUUCCUCAAGUUCCCUUUCUACUUUUGGCCUACUGACCCCGGAUCCGAGAUCUUCCUCUACGCACAUGAGCAGCGUGGAUACUACCCUAUAUGGAAGCAUCUGGAGAACCAGUACCCUGGAUCCAACAUACUCUACGUAACGGUGACGGGCGAGGAAUCGAUGAGGAUCGAGAGGCAAUCGGACGAAGCGACCCAGGAGGAGGCAAUGAAAGUUCUGAGGAAGAUGUUUGGGGAUAAAAUUCCUGAACCAGAGGCCAUACUUGUCACCAGAUGGUCGAGGAACAGGUUGGUGAAGGGGAGCUUUGCAAAUUGGCCGCCCCGUUACACCAAAAAGGAGUUCCAAUAUUUAAAGGACCCAGUUGGUCCAGUGUACUUUACAGGGGAGUACACCAAUGAAAAGUACAUGGGAUUUGCCACUGGAGCUUAUUUCUCAGGUAUAGAGACUGCAAACGAUUUGAUCAAUUGCAUCAAGAAAUAUGCGUGCAGAACUCACUCCAGAGGGACGAUUGCUUAAAAAUUAAAAUAAAUGUAUCUUCAUAUGUUGUUUGAGCGAUUGCUCGAAAAGUUUAGCCUAGAAAAUAACUGGUUGAUUAACUUGGGAAAAGUACACGAGAAGUUUAGCCAAGAAAAUAACUGGUUGACUAACUUGGGAAUGGUACACUAUUCUUUUUUCAGGGAUAAUACUACACCUCUGAAUAUUUGGUAGUUGCUAUGAAAGAAUUGUGAAACUCUAUCGGAAGUUGUACUGAAAAAAAAGUCAACGGUAAAAUUCUAUGUCAUAAUUAUGAUUCAACCAUUUCAAUUAGGACUGGCUAUUUGGUCAGGGUUAUUUGGUUUUACUCAAAACCAGACCGUAUAACCCGGAUCGACACCGGAUCGGGACCGGAUAGCAAACAAUCCAAUCCAAUCUUCGGUCCUAGAUUUGAGGUAAAAAACUGUUUGAGAUCGGACCGAAAAUCGAAUAAAGACCGGAUAAGAGA